AUGUCAUCUGGUGAAAACUUGGCGCCGAGAGAUGCAAAGGUCAUUUCGGUAAUUCUCCGAUCGCUUGGAAUAGAAGAGUGCGAGCCAAAGGUAAUCAUACAGCUGCUUGAAUUCGCAUACAAAUACUCCACAGAGGUUCUUGGAGACGCACUGCUGUUUUCAAAACAUGCAAACAGAUCACAGAUCAACUCAAGCGAUGUGAAGCUGGCAUUGCAAACGAAGGUUGGGAAGUACUUUGUCCCGCCGCCUCCGAGGCAGUAUCUUGCAGAAAUAGCAGCCAUGGCCAACUCAAAGCCACUUUCUGUCCCUGAUGGAGAAACACUGAUAAAGGUUCCUCCUUUGUCAUCUGCACUGCUGAGCCUUGACUACGAGGUUCUUGAUAGGGACAGCGAGAAGAAGCGGCGAAUAUAUUGA